UCUUCCCCCAUCUUCUUCUUUUUCUUCUUCCCUCUUCGUUUUUAUUUCGUUUGUGUUAUUUUUCCCGAGCCAGCCUUCGUUUUUUUUUUUCUGAAGUGUGCGUUUUGGGUGAGGGUGAAACGCAGAGGGUUCUGUCGUUUGGAUGGAGAGAGUGGCGUCUUUGGCCGGAACGACGUCGUGCGAGAAGAGCGUGUACGUGAGCUGGGAGGAGGUGCUGGUAUCGAGCGACAAGGGGAGGAGGGAGGUUCACUACCUGCUGAAACGACGCGGCGGUGCGGCGGAUCUGGCCGUCGUCGGAAAAGAAAAAACCCUAAGACACAUGUCCUAUCGCUACGCGAUUCGAAACCCGUCGUUGGGGCCUUACGUCAAGCUUAAAUCGCGAAGAGAGGUUGUGGAUUGGCUGGACUCGAUUGUUUCAGAUUUGCCUUCUGGAGAUGCGGUUAUGGUGGGAAAACAUGGCUGUGAAUCUGAAAGUGGAGUCUUGAAGGAUACUCAAUUGCAGAAAAUGCAAAAUUGUUCAAAGGAGUUUUCAUGGAUAGGGUUUCCAUGGACGUGUAGGAAAAGAAGAAAGCACUAUCAGGCCUAUAAGAGGAAUGGUUUUCAGAUAUCCGUUCAUGAUUUUGUAUUUGUUCUGGCAGAAGAGAACAAGCGUCUAGUUGCCUACUUGGAAGACCUAUAUGAGGAUUCCAGAGGCAACAAGAUGGUUGUGGUGCGCUGGUUUCACAAAAUUGAUGAGGUUGGUAUUGUUUUGCCUCACAGUUUUAGUGACAGAGAGGUUUUCUUUUCUCUUUAUCUUCAAGAUCUGAGUAUUGAAUGCAUAGAUGGAUUGGCUUUCGUCCUCAGUCCACAACACUACGAAAAGUUUCGGAAUGAGGCCCGACGAACCCACUUGGAACCAUUCGUGUGCAUCCACCAGUUUGAUAAUGAUGAUGUGAAACCCUUUGAUAUAACACAAAUUAAGGGUUAUUGGAAACAGGAAAUACUAAGGUACAUGUAUACCCAAUUGGACUCAAAGUGUAGUGGGAGUUCUGGGCAAUCAGAUGAUGUUCUUGAACUGGACGAGAAUCAUAUGUCAACUAUUUCGAUCAGACCUAAGAAGAGGCUACGCCUUGCCAAAGAUGAUGCCAAAGAUGCAAUUGAUUUAACUGCCCUUAAAUUGGAAAAUCUGAAGAACAUUAAGAAUAAUACCAAAAUCAGUUCUGGAAACAAUGCCUUGAAGCUGGUCGGGCACAGAAACAUGACAGCAACGAUUAAAGGGACGAAUGACCAUUCUUCUCAGCAUUUACUUCUAGGUUCCCAAGUCGAGGUUCUCUCUCAAGACAGUGGGAUGAGAGGAUGCUGGUUUACAGCUUCUGUCGUCAAGAGACACAAAUGCAAAGUGAAGGUGCAAUAUCGAGACAUUCAAGAUGCGGUUGAUGAAACCAAGAAGCUUGAGGAAUGGGUACUAGCUUCCAGAAUUUCAGUGCCUGAUAGUCUGGGUCUUCGAAUGCAUGGGAGGACGAUAGUCCGGCCAGUUCCAUUGUCCAACAAACGGGAAUUAUCCUGGGUUGGUGAUGUUGGUUCCGUUGUUGAUGCCUGGUGGCAUGAUGGAUGGUGGGAAGGAUUUGUUGUUCAAAGAGACUCGGAAGCUAAUUAUCAUGUUUAUUUCCCAGGGGAAAAUGUGGUGUCAGUAUUUGGUUCUGGUAACUUAAGACAGGCUCAAGAUUGGGUAGGGAAUGAGUGGGUGAAUGUGAGGGAAAGGCCUGAUCUGGUGGCGUCUGUUUUAUCAAGCUUGAAAACACCACAAAACUCGUCCAAAUCCAAUGAAAGCAAAUCAAUCGCAGCAUCAACUAGAGAUGGAAUACAACAUAAGCCAUCAGAUACUUGCUUGAAUUCUGAUAGGGAUAGACCAAAAAAGCCCGUAGACCUUUUGAAGGAUGAUUUGCUAUUGCAGUUAAGGUGGAUGACCACCAGAAAGAGGAGACAUGGUAGUACCACUUAUCGGAAGCCACGGUUCACCGAAAGCCAUCGGAAAAGGUCGCCAAAGGUUAUGAAAUCAAAUGCUCCUGACAGGUUUGUGAUCCCAGCAUCAUUGAAAGUUGAUCAUGAUGACUGCAAGUAUGGAGGAGGGGAUCCUUCCAUUUUCACUUCUUCAGUUGUGCCUUCUUUAACUAGCAUGGUUAUGUGUAGGUGACUCCAUUGAUUCAUAUCUUAGGGGCAUCCUUUCGAUGCCUAUCAAGCCGAGAUUUUCAUCUAGGGUUUCUUCAUCCAUGUUAACAUAGAAAAUAUACCUUAGGUUAGUCCUUUUACUUCCCCACCUUUCAUUAGUUUGUUUGUGUAGUUUGUGGCAUCGAAGCUUCAUUCCAGUUGGGUGUUUGAAUCCGAAUAGAAGCAGCCCAAGGAGGCGAGGAUGAUGCAUACAAGUUUUGGCGUAGGAAAAGUGUAACGUAGUGGAAUAACUGAGGAUGACUUAUAGGAUAGAUAAAAUGAUCCAAUGUAAUCUGUGUAACUUUCUGCUAUAAGAAUUGAAAUUUGCUUGUUCUUUUA